AUGGUUAAGGAUGCCUAUUGGACACAGUCGACAUUUGGGCUCACCGCUAACAUCAACAAAACCUCUGUUAUGGAUAUCUCAGCCACCAACAUCGACCUGGAGCACCAUUUUGUGGAUAUCACCGUCUGCGACCUUGACUUGUUCGAGGAUUAUUGGAAUGAACAUGAUCGCGGCCCCCGAAGCGGCCCCAUCGAACAGGCUCUGGUUACGUAG